CCUUUGCAGGCACACACAAUGUUACUAGCUCGCCAGAGUAUUAUUCACUCUCGCUCGCUUUUGCGAUCAUUCUCUACAACCCCAAUUCGUCAGACAAAAGUCGCUGUCCUGGGUGCCGGGGGUGGUAUUGGGCAGCCGCUGUCUCUACUUCUUAAGGCGGACCCUCUCGUCUCAGCGUUGAGUCUGUACGAUAUCCGCGGUGCUCCCGGUGUGGCUGCCGAUGUCAGUCACAUUGACACCCAAAGCGAUGUCCAGGGCUUCGCCCAGGAUCAGGUCGCUCAGGCCCUCGAUGGGUCUAAGAUCAUUCUCAUCCCUGCCGGUGUCCCCCGGAAGCCUGGUAUGACCCGCGAUGACCUAUUCAACACCAAUGCUUCAAUCGUUCGGGACCUCGCCAAGUCUAUUUCUGAGCAUUCUCCCGACGCCCACGUCCUCGUUAUUUCCAAUCCUGUGAAUUCGACUGUUCCAAUCGUUUCAGAGGUCUUCAAAAAGGCGGGUAAUUACCAGUCCAACAGGCUCUAUGGUAUCACGACCCUAGAUGUUGUCCGUGCCUCGCGCUUCCUUUCUAGUGUCAGGGGUACGGAUCCAGUGGAGACACCUGUUACUGUCGUCGGUGGACAUUCUGGGGUUACAAUUGUUCCACUCCUUUCUCAGUCUCCCGUGGGCAAAGCCCUUAGCCAGGAUUCCGAAGACUGGUCUAGCCUCGUGCAUCGAAUUCAAUUUGGCGGUGAUGAAGUUGUUAAGGCUAAGGAUGGGGCCGGUAGCGCCACGCUCUCCAUGGCUUAUGCGGCGGCCAAGUUCACUCAUGCGCUCCUUAGGGCCCUCAAUGGCGAGAAAGGUGUCAUCACCCCAACCUUCACCGAAUCUCCUUUGUUCAAAGACCAGGGUGUCAGCUUCUUCUCUAGCAACGUCGAGCUGGGUCCCGAAGGCAUCACCAAAAUUCACCCACUGGGUUCCAUCUCGCCUGCGGAGCAGAAACUCAUCGAGAAUGCACUCCCAGAACUCAAGAAGAACAUUGAGAAGGGUUUGAAGUUCGCUGACAACUCCCCAUGA